AAUUCAUUACCUUGGGGAGCUUCUUUUCCUCUCAGGUCCUUUUUCUUCUCUUAACCAUAAAGGUGUACUACUCUCCUUUCUCUUCUCUCUUUUAUUUUUGGGGCAUCUCGUUUUCUGUCAUGACUUGAACUAUCAUCUUGGGUUAAACCCUACAUUUCUGUUUGGCUCUAAUCUCAAAUUCUUUGCUAUAAUCAGAUUACCUUCUACCAAUUUUCUCUAAAUUCCAUCAACACUCUUUGUCCAAAAUAAAACUGAUAAUCUUACAUACUCUCUACAGUUGAUCCUUGAACAAUGCAGGUUUGAAUUGCACAGGUCCUCUUGCAUGCCUAUUUUAAAAAUAAGUAUGUCAACUGAAAAAAAAUGCACAAUGUGAGAGUUGCAAGUUAAGUUUUAUUUGGUGCAAAAUUAGGACUGCAGCCCGGGAGACAGCAUCCCAGAUAGCUCUGAGAAACUGUUCCAAAGAGGUAGGGGGGAAGAUCCGUAUAUGUAUGUGAUUUUGGUGAAAGGGGAAGCCAUGUGGUCAAGCACAAAUUGUUUAUAGAAGGUUUCUAAUAGUCUUGUGUUGGCUAGUCAUGAGGAGCUGUCGUCACCAUGAAGUGUUUUUCUAGAUAUGAGGAGAUAUAAGAAUUGGGCUCAUAAAGUUGGCUCCUGAAAAUAUCUGACUAUCUGAAGACCUGUUCUGCCAGUUUUUCACAAAGUACAGAGUGCCUCAUUUCAGCUCUCCACCCUGAAGAGCUUUCAGGGGGGCGCUGACAGACCGCAGCCGUAGCAGCACGAGGCUUGAUCUUUGUAGAGGUAGAGGGCAAAUACCAAUGGUGCAUGCCAAUUGUAGUUGACAAAUACAUACUACAGUACUGCAUGACCCGUGGUUGUUUCAGUCUCCGGUUGUGGAACGGUGGCUGCUGACUGUAAAGUUAUCCCCCCAUUUUCAACUCUGUGGAGGGGUGGGGCCCCUAAAUCCCAUCCCCACCCCCAUUGUUUUAGGGUCAACUGUACUUGCCUCCUCCCCCUGACUUCCUCAUUCCUUUAAAAGGUACUUCAUCUCCUCCGCUGCUACUUGAGCUAGAAACCACAGAGAGGUUCUGCCCUCUCCCUUUCCCUGCAUGUCCAGUCAGUAAGUUCAGAAUAUUCUGUCUUAAACAAAAGCUCCUGAAAUGUUUUCUUCAUUCCCAUUGACUCUCCUGCAUUACUGUUGCAUUCUCCCACCUGGUCUCCUUUUUUCUAACCAUUUUUGCUGCUGCUUAAUUUUAUUUGGUUUUUAUCUCUUACUACUACUUUUUUUAGAGAACGGUGCCUAAAGUACUUUUUAGGCACUCUGCCUGAGUGUUUUUCAUACUAGGUUACCACCCAUUAAUGUGGAUCAUGAAGUCAAUUUAGGGGGUUAAAUCAGCCUUUAAAAAAACAAAAAGCAUUAGCGUGCAUAGCACAUGGACUGGGAAGUGUUCUUUAAGAAACUUAAGUUUUAAACAUAUAAUCAUGAAUAUAGAUAUAGAUAUUAUAUCUAUAUCUAUGUGUGUAUGUGUGUCUAUCUGCAUGUACGUGGUUGCAGUAUAGAAUUAUUUCUUACCGUGGGUUGUAGGAAAAAAUGGUUGAUAGCCACCGGUUUAGAGAAAAACUUCAGAAUGUUCAGCUAAGCAAUCAAGAAUCUCUGGACACUGGCUUCUGUGUACUUUGCCAAAGGUCAACAUCAGGUGCAGAUGCUACCUCUUUCCUACAGCCUUCCCUGACCUGGACAGAAGCAAUCUUUCCCCUAAGCGCCUUCGCUUCCUGUGUUGUAGAAAAGGAAAACAAACAAACAAACCAAAACCGAAAAGGACUGAUGUGGGCGCAGCAAGGCUCCACCCCAGGGACCCCUAAACUCAGGCACACGUGUGAGCAGGGGGACGGCGUGGGUCCCUAUGGCUGGGAGUUCCACGACGGUCUCUCCUUCGGGCGGCAACACAUCCAGGAUGGGGCCUUAAGGCUCACCACUGAGUUCGUCAAGAGGCCUGGGGGUCAGCACGGAGGGGACUGGAGCUGGAGAGUGACUGUAGAGCCUCAGGCCUCAGGUACCUCUGCCCUCCCUUUGGUGUCCCUGUUCUUCUAUGUGGUAACAGAUGGCAAAGAAGUCCUAGUUCCAGAGAUUGAGGCUAAGGGGCAAUUGAAGUUCAUCAGUGGGCACACCAGUGAACUUGGUGACUUCCGCUUUACACUUCUGGCACCAACCAGUCCAGGAGAUACCACUCCCAAGUAUGGCAGCUACAAUGUCUUCUGGUCCUCCAACCCAGGACUUCCCUUGCUGACAGAGAUGGUGAAGAGUCGCCUAAAGAACUGGUUUCAGCAUCGGCCCCCAGGGGCCUCCCCUGAACGCUACCUCGGCUUGCCAGGAUCUCUGAAGUGGGAGGACAGAGGCCCAAGUGGGCAAGGACAGGGACAAGGGCAAUUUUUGAUACAACAGGUGACACUGAAAGUCCCCUUUUCUAUGGAGUUGGUGUUUGAAUCAGGCAGUGCCCGGGCAGGAGGAAGCCAAGCCCUAGAGCAGCUGGCAGGCAGCCUGCUAACCCAGGCCCUGGAAAGCCAUGCUGAAGCCUUUAGAGAGCGCUUUGAGAAGACCUUUCGGCUGAAGGAGAAGGGCCUGAGCCCUGAGGAGCAGGCUUUGGGUCAGGUUGCCCUCAGUGGCCUUCUUGGUGGUAUUGGCUACUUCUAUGGACAGGGUCUGGUGUUGCCAGACAUGGAGGUUGAGGGGUCUGAGCAGAAGGUGGACCCAGUCCUCUUUCCACCAGUCGCUCUUUUCACAGCAGUGCCCUCCCGGUCAUUCUUCCCUCGAGGCUUCCUUUGGGACGAGGGCUUUCACCAGCUGGUGAUCCAACGGUGGGAUCCCCGGCUUACCCGGGAGGCCAUUGGCCACUGGCUGGGGCUGCUCAAUGCUGAUGGCUGGAUUGGGCGGGAGCAGGUGCUGGGGGAUGAGGCCCGAGCCCGGGUGCCCUCAGAGUUCCUGGUGCAACGGACAGCCCAUGCCAACCCCCCAACUCUGCUUUUGCCUGUAGCCCACAUGCUAGAGGGUGGUGACCCAGCCGACUUUACCUUCCUUCGCAGGGCCUUCCCCCGCCUGCAUGCCUGGUUCUCCUGGCUUCAUCAGAGCCAGGCAGGGCCAGUGCCACUGUCGUACCGCUGGCGGGGCCGGGACCCAGCCCUGCCAACCCUACUGAACCCCAAGACACUGCCUUCAGGGCUGGAUGACUACCCCCGGGCUUCACACCCUUCAGCCACUGAGCGGCACCUGGACCUGUGGUGCUGGGUGGCACUGGGUGCCCGUGUGCUGAGGCGGCUGGCAGACCGGCUGGGAGAGGCUGAGGCAGCCGCAGAGCUGGGCCCACUGGCUGCCUCCCUGGAAGCAGAAGAGAGCCUGGAUGAGCUGCACUGGGCCCCAGAACUAGGAGUCUUUGCAGACUUCGGGAACCACACAAAAGCAGUGCAGCUGAAGCCUCGGCCCCCUCAGGGGCUGGUGCGAGUGGUGGGCCGGCCCCACCCUCGCUUACAAUAUGUGGAUGCUUUGGGCUAUGUCAGUCUUUUCCCCUUCCUGCUGCGGCUGCUGGACCCCAACUCAUCCCGCCUUGGACCCCUGCUGGAUGUUCUAGCUGAUGGCCGCCAGCUCUGGAGCCCCUUUGGCUUGCGCUCCCUUGCGGCAUCCAGCCCCUUUUACAGCCAGCGCAAUUCAGAGCAUGACCCUCCCUACUGGCGAGGUGCCGUGUGGCUCAAUGUCAACUACCUGGCGUUGGGGGCGCUUCACUACUAUGGGCAUCUGGAGGGUCCCCAUCAGGCCCGUGCUGCCCGGCUCCACAGAGAGCUCCGUGCCAAUCUGGUGAGCAAUGUGAGGCGGCAGUACCAGGCCACGGGCUUCCUGUGGGAGCAGUAUAGUGACCAGGACGGGCGAGGCAUGGGCUGCCGCCCUUUCCAGGGCUGGACCAGCCUUGUCCUACUGGCCAUGGCUGAAGACUACUGAAGGGGGAGCAUGAGAGGGGAGCCAGGCCACUUAUGCCACUCUGGACUCGAGGAACAAGGUCUCUCACUUCUGCCCCCAGCCCUCAGAUACCAGUGCUUCAGGCAGUCCUCAGCUCAUCUCAGGUGUCUCCUUGCUGACAUCCCACAUCGCCCUGGGGUGAUUGUGAAUUCAGAGUCUAUUUUUCUAAAUAAAUGGGAAAACCAUGCCA